AUGGCUGUAGUGGGGGGCAAUGGGGGUUGCGGGCAAAGGCCUGGUGAGGGAACGGACGCGUGUGGGGGCCUUGGUUGCUGUUCGCGUUUCCGGGACGUGUCAAACGGUCGGACGCACGGUCCAAAAAGGGAACAUUUUAGGUUUGACUUGAACUCGAGCACGGUGCGGCGCAAGUUCUCGUACGUCUUCACCCGGGAGAGCCCCACGGGCGCCCCCGACGACAUCGCCACGCCGUCCAUCUCCGUCACCGGGUCGUCUACUCGAGCGACGACGGGUGCGUCGGGGAGCAGCGGCGGAGGCCGUGGGAAGGGCAGCCGGCGGCGGGGCACGACGGUCGAGAGGAACGUCACCGGGUGCCGCAGGGCCCUGUUCGCGCUGGACCCGAAGAAUGCGGACGGGAGGCUGUUCCUCGUGCUGCAGCUCAGCAAGGUGUUGCAGGGGGAGCCGGAGAAGGUGCGCGACGAGACCGGGGGAGAAGGGGGGGGAAGGGGGGGGGUAGUUGUGUUUUGCAUGGCUUGGUUGUUCUGGACUGCCUACUCCAAGGGCCGGAGCAAGUCCAACGCGGACGCACCGGAGGAGGAAGCCGCGCAGCGAUUGUGGAGGUAUCGACAACCAUUAGCGUUCGGGGUUUACCAAGCGGCCCCGGAAGGGCGUUUGCUCGGCGUGGAAGAGGUGUCAAUGUCGCUCUAUCGGCAAAACGACGGUCUCAGCGAGGAAGGCCUCAUGCGACAGGGUUGGAGACGGCGACGGGGACAUCCUUGUGGACAGCAACCUGUCCAUCAUGCAGCAGCUCACCCCCGAGGUCGAUCCCGCAAGGGGCUGGAGAGGUGCCAGCAGCGCAACCUGGCCAUCCGCGUGGAGCUGCGGCUGCUUCCUUUGGGCAAGGAGAGCCGUGCUAGCGUAGGGGACUCGUUGCCGGCCAUCUUCAGCCACCAGCUGGGGCCCACGCUUGUGUCGGAGUGCUACGCGCAGACGACCUACCACAGCCGGACGCCGCAAGUCUGCGACGAGAUCAAGGUGCAGCUCCCGGAGCAGCUGUCCCCGAGGCACCGGCUGGUGUUCACCGUGUUCCACGUGCACGUGAAGCGCAAGACGGGGGGAAUGUUCGCCAAGAGCGGGAGCGUGGACGAGCAGGUGGAGUUCCCCAUCGGCAUGGGAACGUUGCCCCUGAUGAGGAACAGCGCCACCCUGCUGCCGGAUGACCAGCACCUCAUCUUGCUCAGUCCCAACGCCAACGUCGCCUCGGCGGCGAUGGAAGACAGCUUGAGGGACGAGAUGGGCGGCGACCCCACGUGUCUUUGCUUCGGCAAGGGAGAGACGGACUACUCGUGGGGAGACCCGAACGAGCACCACCGCCUUCGGUGCACCGCCUUCAUAUCCCUUCUCCACGUCCUGCACAAGUGCUCCUCCUACUUCACCAAGGCGAGGAAGGAAAAAAAUAAAAUAAAAAAUGAAUGGUCAUGUUUGGGCUCAGGGGCUCACGAUCCACAGGAGCAAGCUAGAGAGAAGGCCAGGGAGCUGGAAGAUUUGAGACGGCGAGAGGAGGAGGCGGUAGAGAGGCUGGCAAACGAGGCGUUGCAGCACGCGAUGGCCGCCGUGGCGGACGAGCUUAUCGACCGCUUCACCUGCGAGGCGAUCAAGGAGAAAAUGGCGGAGGAGAGGAACUCAGGCAGGGCCAGCGGGACGGGGGAGCUGGGGGCCGACCUUUGGGUAGAGUCCAUGGUGUCGAAGGGGCUCAAGUGGGUGCAGAGCUGGCGGGCGGAGGGGCAGACGGGGAGCGGGGAGCAGGGACAGGUCAUGUCGCCGAGGGGGCGCAAGGCGGGGCCCAGGCGGUCCUCGAUCUUCGGCUCACCGUUUUACGACGGACAAGAGACGGAGCAAAGGUCGGAUCCCGAGACAAGCACAGCGGCCUGCGGCUCGUCGUCUACCAGAGUUGCAGGUGUCGGGUGCAGGGCCGGCAAGAACGGCCACCGCCGCAGCCGAAGCUCCUUCGACUCGAACUUCGGCACGCCCAUCGUGGGCAGGGGCAGGAGCGGGGGCGGGGAUCAGCCUCCGGCAGCGGCGGUGGCGGCGGCAGGAGGAGGAGGAGGAGCCCCGCUCACGGAGCAAGGGAGGGGAAGCCCUAGCCCGGGAAAGGUCCUGACCUCGGCCUUCAAGUCGGCGUUUGCCUCGUCGUCGUCGUCGAGCGCUAAUCCCAGCGCCGCCGGCGGGGUGUCCCCGUCGCCGCCCCCGCCCCCCGUCGGCACCUUCUCCGGUGCGAGGGUGGGGUCCAUGAGGCUGGGCGGCGGGUCCAUCGCCGGGUUCGCGGCGCAGCCGGGGUCGGCCAAGCAACAGCAACAGCAGCAGCAGCAGCAGCAGCAGUCUGGCGGGGGGGUGGGGAGCAGGCCGCAGUCCUUGAGGACGGCGCCUCCGUCGCCGUUGCCGCCGCAUCAGCCCGGGGCACCUGUAUCCCUGGAAGACUCGCACUCGCUACGCGCCCAACGGCUGAGGUCGUCGCAGACCUCGCCGAAGAGAGGUGGCGUCGGUGUCGUGCCCGGCACUUCGUCUUCGUCCCUCGGCGGCGGUGGCGGCGGCCGCGACGGCGGCGGUGCGGGGGGGGGCGCGGGUGGGGCUGGAGGCGGGCCCGGGUCCCCGACACGACGGGGCCGAGAAAUACGGAGCCUCGAGGAGGGGUACGCUAGCAAGGUGUUCGCUGCUCGAAGAGGCGGCGGUGGCAGCACGAGCCACCAACGAUCCGGCUCGCUGGCUGGAUCCGACGGGGUUAGCGCGUCGGCGUCAUCCACUGCAACGGCCACAGCCGCAGCUGCCGCUGCCGCUGCUGUCAACAAGGCCGCCGCGCAGAGGGGGGUAGGCCUCGCCGCCGCCGCCGCCGCCGCCGCCUCCGCCGACGGUGCCGACGGUGCCGACGGGGGGCCCGCGGAGGGCACCAGGAGCAGCGGCAGCGGGUCGGUGCGAUUGAGGACGUUCGAGGAGAAGCUUAACCAGGGGGAAAAGAAAUGGUGGCCGUGGCUGUACGAGGUGCUGGUGGUGCAGUGGACGGAGGUGCUUGCCACGGCGAGAGGGGGCACGGAGGAGCCCGGUCGGAGGACGGGGGCCAACUCGGGGUACCCCUACACGCAGGACACCCUCCCGCACCACACCACCGUGCUGUCGCAGGUGUACACGCCGGUGCUGUUGGCCAUGAUCUUGAAGAGUAUCAGCCUCAGGGUCAGGCACGAGAAGCUUCGCACUCCCGUCAGGCUUGACGACUCGUUCUUAGAGGAGCUGGAGACGCUCGUCGUGCUCUUGGCACGCCACAUCAGCGAGGCAAAGACGCUCGGACACGCCGACAUCAUCAACUCCUCCCUUGCGGGGUUCAUCCGAGACCUCUUCGCGGUGGUGCACCCGGCGCACGCGGCCAGACUCUGCGGGUCCUACAUCCGUGUCAUGAGGUCGAAGCACGACGCCCUGUACGAGACGCAGUUCACUCUCGGCUUCCUGCGGCGGCUAGCGAUGUACGACCACGUCGUAGCGCUCAACUCCCCCCGCCUCAUCCCCUCCGGGGUGAACCGGAAGACGGAGCGCGACCUAGCCCUCUGGUGUUCGAGCACCUCGGGCACCUCUGCGCGGCCGUACAGCAUGCCUAGCGGGGGCUACGGCGUUGGUCUCGGCCUGUCGGGCUCGGCGCUGCGGCCUCGGGUGGGGUCCCUCGAGUUCGACGCCGCGGCGACGGCGACGGACAGCCUGGAGCCGCACUGGCUGCUGGAGCUGUGCAUCCAGGCAUGCAUAUCUGCGACGGACCAUGAGGUUCCCACGGUGCGCAUGUCGGGUCUGGCCCUCCUGAGAGAGCUCCAGGUGUUCCACACGUACGACUACAGGUACCAGGACGGCUACAGCCGGCAGCGUGUGGCGGCGAUGUACCUGCCCCUUAUCCACCACAUCGCGGCGAAGGUGUCGAAGCUGGACGCGAUGGAUCCCAGAGAACCGGAGAGACGCGAGAUGCUGGCGACGCUGCUGUACGUGCUGCAAGACGCGCCAGAGGCCCUUCUCCGGGAGAUGUGGAAGGACGUUGGCAUUCGGUUCUUCCGCAUGUUCGGGCGGAAGGCGAACGCCGGCGGCAGCGGCAGCUCCAACGGGACCGGCACGCCGUCCCCCGCGGCCCGCCGGGGGUCCUUCAGCUUCUCGUCCGGCACGGGCACAGCGGGCACCUUCUCGUCGGAGUCGCUCGCUUCCGCGUCCCCUUACAGCAACACGCACACGCCGGGAAACCGCACGGUCUACUCGCCGUUCAGCAGCGGAGGGGGGGCGACGCGCUUCGGCCCCGGAGGGGGAGGUACCGCCGGCAUCGGGGGCUCUGUGAGAGUCGGCUUCCCGUCGGCCGGCACCGGUAGCUAUAGGAUGGGGGGACUGGGGUUGGGGCUCGGGAGGGCGGCGGCGGCGGAUCGGACGCUGGCGGGCGCUCACGCGCUGGCGCCGCUACCGCAGGAGGUUCAAGGCGCCGGGGUGGGGUACCUCAUCAUCGAUGAGUUCCAGGUGUUCCGAAUACUUGGGCUGCUAGAGCUGUGCAUCGACACGUUCGAGUACCCCGGCCACGUCGACAAGGAAGGAGGCGGCGGUGGAGGCAGCGGCGGAAGAGAAUCGGAACCGUCGGUGCUGGUGUUCGGGGUAGAAAGCGUCGAUACCAAGCUGCCUCCGGAGGAGCGCGCGAGGGCUAGCAAGUGGGUCAGUCACCAGGCCCAAUCCAUCGUCAGAAAGGCGACGUUGACCCUCAUGGAUGAGUGCGCUACUGAGGUCUUGGCGAGGGAAGAGAUAAGACCAGCCCCCAAGCAGCUCGUGCGGAGAGUGCUCUCGUCAUUGCUCCAUGCUCUGAGCGUGCGACAGAGUGACGUGUGCCUGGUGAGAUUGUUCGAGGGAGCCAUCGAUUUCCUGAGGAGAUACGGCGCACGGGUCUUCGUUUCUUCCGUCGGGGAUAGGAUGCAGGUGAAGCGCGCAUACCUAAUCAAGCUGCGGUACCUCCGAAAGGUGGCGUCGUCCGACGGGACCACGCACAUGGGACUGGACGGGUACGCGUCCAAGUACUGGCUGGGCCUCGGGGUGACGGACCUGGACACGGAGAGCGUGCAGGAGAUAUUCAUGCAGGCCGCCAGCGUCUUCAACAGCACGGAGCUGCCGAAGGAACGCGCGGACUGGCUCUUCACCCUGGCGGAGUACCACAAGAUGCUCAACAACGACGCCGAACAGGGGCGCUGCCUCACAAUGGCCCAGGCCCACAACGAGAUCCACCAGUUCAUGAAGAAGGCCAUGCAGCAGGAAACAGUGGGAUUGGGCGGCAUCGGCGCCUUUUUCCGCGUUGGGUUCUGGGGCGCGCUGCCGGCCGAGCUGAAGGGGCUAGAGUUCGUGUACAGGGUCCCGCUCAUGACGCACGUCUCGGACUUCCAGAACAGGGUGCUCAAGCUCAUCCAGCCUCUCGUUUCAGACGCGGCAAAGGUGAAGGUGCUGCCAGACUCUGCCGACGAGGCGCUAGUUACGGACGAGACGUUGGCGUACAUCAAGAUCACAUCGGUUAAGCCGGGUGGCGUGUUUUGGUGUCUUUUCCUGAGGCAAUUCUGUAGCGGUUGGCCCGGGAAAGAAUCUGGAGACAAAUAG